GACUCCUAGUCUUCCCCACAGUUUUCGAAAUGUGGCUCACGGUCGUUUCUGUCCCACUGCUUCCUGCCAUCAUCAUGGUUUCCAUUUGUUAUCGUGUCAAAGUUGCUAUGCUGUGCCAUCGAGCUCUGGCCUGGGCACUGAAGCUGGUGCGAGGGAGAGUGUGUGUGAGGAACACCCACGCCUUUGUGUUCUCCAAAUGCACCCACGGCAAAGUUGACAGUGUCCUUGAGACCUUUGACCUUUACACUGACACACACCCCUCCCUCAGCAUCAGCCCACAGAUUGGUGAGGCACUAGAUGAAGUGGUGAGGCGUGUCCAUCCCUCCCUGGUGUUGGAGCUGGGGAUGCAUUGUGGCUACAGUUCUGUCAGACUGCUGCGUCUGCUGCCCCCUGCUGGCAGCCUGAUCACAGUGGAGCUGGACCCACUCACAGCAGAGCUAGGGGAGGAAAUCAUACUUGUAGCUGGCUUCAAACACUCCCAGUUCCGGGUGUUGACAUCUACCUCAGCCGAGGCCAUCCCAACACUGCCUACAUUUCUUGAGCCUGACCAAGGGACUAGUAAAGGGUUCAAUCUGGUGCUGAUGGACCAUGACCCCCAGAAGUACCUUCCAGACCUGCUAGCUCUGGAGAAAUGGGACCUCCUCAGCCCCUCUGGCUGCUUUGUCGUUCUGAUCUACAGGAACCAAAGAGCUAAAGAUCUCAGAGAAAUCCUGGAUCAUAUCAGAGCGAGGCCUGACUGCUACUGCAUCAAGUCAGAGCUUCAGUUUAUGACAGAGAUCUUUUAUCAAAAGGAAAGCACAAGGGUAGAUGGCAAAAUCUAAAGAUGUGGGUGUGCGCUUUCAGUUUGUUUGGACUAUUUCAACCAAUAGUGUUAAAUACUUCAUCCUCUCUAGUAUUACUUGUGGGUCAAAGAAUUGGAGGAUAAAAAAUAUGUGUUGAAUAAAUGAUUUUAUAUAUUUUGUCAAGCUGUUGUUGGAAAAACUACUUUCCCCCAAGCAAAGUCAGCAUAGUACAGUAUAUGUAAGCAGUUUGACAUCAUAUAUGUAUAUAUAAUAUGAUUAUUAGAAAUUAGACAACUGAUGUGUAUCUAAAACAGUAAUCCUGCUAUAAAUUAUUAUCUGAUGAUACUGCUAGAAAUAAAUUACAGUAGAAAAGGAAAGUAUGUUUCUUCAGCUUUAUCAUACAUGGCCCCCCAAAUGACAAACAACAAUUAAACACGAUGAUUACAAUAACAAACAGGUAGAGGAGUUACAAAAUACUCCUUACUUAAAUACUGCUGUUUGUAAUAUUUAAUACAAAAUCACAAAGCUGCUUACACAAUCACCUCUGCUCACAACAAAAGAACAAAGAAGAAAAAAAAUGGUUAGAUGUAGAGCACAGAGUAACCACAUGAUGGCGAUCUCUACAUUUUGAAAGGAUGGAAACUCUGGCGUUAAACUAGGUUUGAAAAGGCACCUUUAAAGGGAAUUGCCAUCUAUUUUAAGAAUGUACCUGUUAUUGCUGGACUUCAGGACAGGUCCAUACAAACGUGUAAACCUCUUUUCUUUUGCUGCAGACAGUAAAGUUAACCGUUGAAAUUUAUGUCAAUAGUGUCACCACAUGUGUCCUGAUUUAUUCAUGAUGAGAUUGACCACAAUGUCGAUGUUUACAAUUAAAAAUAAAGCA